AUGGCGCGACACAGGGGGCAUUCAAAUGUCUCUUCGGCCUCCACUCUUCCAGAACGAAAUCAGGAAUUGGAGAGCAUGUAUGAUUAUCUCGCGAAGAUUAUUCUCCUGGGACCGAGUGGUGCCGGAAAGUCCUGCGUGCUUCACCGAUAUGUAAAGAACGAAUGGAGAGUGCUAUCGUCGCAAACAAUCGGAGUCGAGUUCUCUUCUAAGGUCGUGAAAUUGGGCACCGGGCCCCGACGGACAAGGAUCAAGUUGCAACUCUGGGACACCGCAGGGACGGAGAGGUUUCGCUCAGUGUCGAGGUCCUACUAUCGAGGCGCUGCGGGAGCGAUUCUCAUCUACGAUGUCGCAUCUUACACGUCUUUCAACUCUCUUCCGACUUUCCUAAUGGACGCGCGCGCCCUUGCGUCCCCAUAUCUUACUGUUCUUCUUGCCGGGAAUAAAACAGAUCUUACACAAGACGAUUACCACGAGGAUGGAAUGCGUCGCCCUAUAACCCCUUCUAGCACUUCCAGCCCGCAAUCAUCAUUUCCAUACGAAUCAACCGCUGGCUCAUUUCGCUCGAGCAAUUUUGGGACAGCAACCAGAAUGACAGCCACGCAUGCCUCGCACGGUCGGGAAGUCAGCAUCGAAGAAGCUUCUCAGUGGGCUGCCGGGUCUAAUAUUCCCGCGGUGGUUGAGGUUUCAGCCCUCACAGGAGACGGCGUGGAAGAGCUCUUCCAACGACUAGCGCGCAUUAUUCUUACCAAGAUUGAACUUGGUGAGAUCGACCCCGACGACCCUCAGAGCGGUAUCCAAUACGGGGACGGCAGUCCUUAUGGCCAUGGCACAAGCGAUGCUUCAAGUAUAAAAAGCCAAAUGACGAUUGAAGACAGUGCUGUUCCGCUUCACCGCAGGAAUACAAGACGACGAGGAGGCGGUGACUGGAGGGCGGGCAUGGGCGAGUGGGAGGAUGUCUUCCGAGUAAGCGGAUCACAUAACAGGAAACGUUCAGGGUGCUGCUGA